AUGGCGGCCCCCGUCCAGCCGCCUCCUCAGUCUAGCGGUGGAAAGCGCAAAGGGAAAGCUCAGUAUGUGCAGGCCAAGCGGGCGCGGCGCUGCGACGGCGGUGGGCCACGGCAGCUGGAACCCGGGCUACAGGGCAUUCUCAUUACCUGCAACAUGAACGAGCGCAAGUGCGUGGAGGAGGCCUACAGUCUGCUCAACGAAUACGGCGACGACAUGUACGGGCCGGAAAAGUUUACAGACAAAGAUCAGCAGCCCUCUGGAAGUGAGGGAGAAGAUGAUGAUAUGGAGGCUGCCUUGAAGAAAGAAGUUGGUGACAUUAAAGCAUCUACGGAGAUGCAGCUAAGAAGAUUCCAAUCAGUGGAGAGUGGAGCAAAUAACGUAGUCUUCAUCAGGACACUUGGGAUAGAACCUGAGAAAUUGGUACAUCAUAUUCUUCAGGAUAUGUAUAAAACCAAGAAGAAGAAGACUCGGGUUAUUCUACGAAUGUUACCUAUUUCGGGCACAUGCAAGGCUUUCUUAGAAGACAUGAAAAAAUAUGCAGAAACAUUUUUGGAACCCUGGUUUAAAGCUCCAAACAAAGGGACAUUUCAGAUUGUAUAUAAAUCUCGAAAUAACAGCCACAUGAAUAGAGAAGAAGUUAUCAAAGAAUUGGCAGGAAUAGUAGGCAGCCUCAAUUCGGAAAAUAAAGUGGAUCUUACCAAUCCACAGUACACAGUGGUAGUAGAAAUCAUUAAAGCUGUCUGUUGCCUGAGUGUUGUGACAGAUUACAUGUUGUUCAGAAAGUAUAAUCUCCAGGAGGUGGUUAAGAGUGCUAAGGACCCAUCACAGCUUAACCCAAAGCAGCCAGCACAAGCAGGAAAUGGGAAAGAAGCUAAAUUGGAAUCUGGUGACAAAUCAAAUCAAAAUGACCCAGCAGAAGGAAAAAAUAACCAGCAAGUGGUACCAGAAAAUAAUGAGGAGCUGGGGCACACAAAACCAAGAUCUGAGACACAGGUGGUGAGUGAGGGAGGAGCUAAUCUUGAACUUGAAAGUCAAGUCACAGAAGGAUCUGAGCCAAAUGAAAAUGACCUCUCAUAGAGAAAAAAACAUUUGGUGUUGCAGCCUUGGUAAGGUUGGUGAAUGAUGACGAAAUUCAAGAAAGCUUGUUCUGCUG